CCGCGAACCGCGCUGCCCCGGCGCCGCCUCCCCGGGCAGCAACCGCGGCGACGGAGGGGAGCGACGCCCGCCCACCAAGUCAAACUACCGCCGAUUUCGGCGGUUAAAAGGCUCCUAUCAUAUUGCGAGCAGCUGUGGAGGGAGGUGCGUUUUCUUCAAGGGGCCCGGCCCGUGCCAGCUGAAGAUAUGAACCCAACGGCUGCGGCCUAGAUUGUGUUCAGCACCUCCCGGAGUCGCCUCAGGAGCUCGCCUUGAGGCGUUUGCAGGCGGAGCAUCGGCCGCUUUCGUGCCGCGGGGGCCGUGGGGUGAAGACCACGGAGUGUCAGGAUGCCUUCACCUUGCCCUAGUCAGUCUUUCACUUUCUGUUUCAGCGCUGCUGAAGGCAGAGCGAGGGGGGAAAAAAAAUGGUAUGCAGACCAAAGUGCAGAAAAAGGUGAAGAAGUGGAGAUGAGGAACUUGGUGGUACAUGACCUCUGCAGAGCAGGCCUCACAGAACCGAGCUCUACGAGGCUCCUCCACCAGCAUGUUGGCCUAUCGUAUAUUCUCCAGACUACAACAUCACCUUCAUGGGACUUGAGAAGCUGCAUCCAUUCGAUGCAGGGAAAUGGGGGAAAGUCAUCAAUUUCCUGAAAGAAGAAAAACUAAUUGCAGAUGACUUGAUUGUACAGGCACGGGAAGCUACUGAUGAAGAUCUCUUGGUUGUUCACACAAGGCGCUACCUUAAUAAAUUAAAGUGGUCAUUUGUUGUGGCUACAAUCACAGAAAUUCCACCAGUUGCCUUUCUUCCCAAUUUUAUUGUUCAGAGAAAAGUUUUGAAACCUCUACGAACCCAGACAGGAGGAACAAUAAUGGCAGGAAAACUUGCUGUUGAUAGAGGCUGGGCAAUCAACGUGGGGGGUGGUUUUCAUCACUGCUCGAGUGACAAAGGUGGAGGAUUCUGUGCCUAUGCUGAUAUCACACUGGCUAUAAAAUUCUUAUUUGAAAGAGUGCAAGGAGUGUCUAAAGCCACCAUUAUUGAUCUGGAUGCCCAUCAGGGGAAUGGCCAUGAGAGGGACUUCAUGGACGAUCACCGGGUGUACAUUAUGGAUGCAUACAACAGAUACAUUUAUCCAGGGGAUGGAUUUGCUAAACGUGCCAUAAAACGCAAGGUGGAACUAGAGUGGGGCACAGAGGACACCGAAUAUCUUCAGAAGGUGCAUACUCACGUGGAAGGAGCGUUAAACGAAUUAAAACCCGACAUCAUUGUUUAUAAUGCUGGGACUGAUAUUCUGGAUGGUGAUCCCUUGGGAGGACUUGCUAUUUCCCCUCAGGGAAUUGUGAAGAGAGAUGAAGUCGUGUUCAAGGCUGCCAGAAGCCGCAGGAUCCCCAUCCUGAUGGUGACGUCUGGAGGUUACCAGAAGAGGACAGCACGGAUUAUUGCUGAUUCCAUCCUUAAUUUGCACAACUUGGGGCUUAUUGACAAGGAGCUGGCAACCAGUGGAGCUGAAAAUCCCAGGGUAGAACAGAUGAUUAGAGACUCUGCUAAAGACUUCAGCAAUUUGUCACUACAGUGAUAAGAUGCAAAAUUGUAGGCAGUGGCUUCCAGGUUUAGGAGCAGAAAGUCUCCACAUCAUUAGUAAGGUUAAUAGAACAUGUUGAGAAUGGCUCAACUUGCCUGUAAAAUAACACAGUACAGGUAACAUACAGUCACAGAAUAAUUGUAUCUAACUCCUGAAGCUAUCUUGAGCAAAGGCAACAAAUCCUUUUAAGCUAAUUGAAACAUAUUCGAGGGUACUGUCUUUCAGGUUAUAAUACUACUGUAGAAAGCUUUAAUUGCUUCUCUUUUUGUGAUGGAUGGUCUGUUAUAUCGAAAGAACUAUGCAGUUGGUAUCCAAAAGCUGUCCCAGACCUAUUUCAGAUGAUACAGUUUGGAUUGUGCUGGGAGAAAUAUGGACUAAACUUACUGGGAUUUUUUAGAUUCUAUAUGUUAUUUAUUGCUUUUUUCAUUUAGAUGUUUUUGUAAACUGAGUUCUGUGCAGGCUUUAACUGUUGGUUUAAUACUGAAGUGCAAUACUACAAAAACCAGUUCAGUUGGUAGGCUCUUAAGCCAAUUAGAAUAAAAGAUCAUUAAUUUAUAUUGUGUUCUUGCUGUUGAUAGUGACUUAGAUCCAACUUAUAAACACCCUGACAAAUAAAAAUACAAAAUGCCUUUGGCUGUGUAUGCAAAUGAGCCAUAGAGCUCAGAAUUAAGUCUAGUUUUUACCUCUUGAAAUGAGGCCUGUGUUUAAAAGGCAACAGUUACUAUGCAUCGUAAAUCACAGGUUAAAGAAACUGCAAUAGAAUGGAAAUGAAUUUUAGGCAUCUGAGAACUCUUGCAGAAAAUAUUGUGUAGAAACCUGGGGUAUCUUACUAUUGCCAGCUUGUCAUGUGUAAGGCAGUGAAGAGUAAAUUCUGAUUAUUCCUUUUUUGCUUGCUCAAAGAGUAAUGGUGCUCGUAGCUGCAGUCAUCACUGGUAACCACAGUGCUCAUGCUGACACAUAAACCAUGGCAUUUCUGCAUUAAGUUCAUGUGCUACCUUUACAUGGGGGCUUCUAGGAGGCUUUGGGAACAAAAGAAGAUUCAAAAGCACUAAGUGUAAAGUUGGGUUUAUAUUUAGCUCGGUGUGUUUUGCAUUAGGUACUGUUUGUAGCAUUGAGUUGUAAAUCUACUAAGCUGUAUAUUUUGCAAGAGCUUUUUUUGACUUCCCAGUGCUCACUUGAUUUGUAGCACGAGUUUCAUGUCAUGUUUAGGUUUGAACCUUUCUAUGAAGGAAGAUCAAUGUUUUCCUUGUAGUAGAACUGAUGUGUAAGCUAUUUAAGGAAUGUUUAAUUCUAAUUAGAACACUUACCUCACUUAGUGUUACUUUCUUUUCGAUAGAGGUUUGUUAAUGGUAAGAACUUGCACAGUUGCUAUAAAUAGCUGCUUUCAAACAGAUUUGACAUAUUGCACUAAUCUUGAGUUGCACCACUCUUAUUAAAAAGCACUUUGAAAUUUCCUACUAGAAGGACCAUCAGAGUACAACUAAUGCUGAGGUUUAUUUUUUCUAUCCUGUCUGAUGUUACUGAAAGAUGUUGUUGUUCUUUCACAUCAUUUUUAUAAAGUGAUAAAUGACAUUUCUAUCAGCUGUCACAGUACCAUGUGGUCUCUUCCAAAAUAUUUCCUGUUUGUGUUAACAUGUUUAUAUUAUUUCCCCCUCAGUGGAGAUUAAAAUGAUGUUGAACAAUG